ACUUUCCGCUAUGAUAUCAUUCGUUGACGUUUUGUCCGGACUAACCGUAAUUGCGUACGCUUAUUAUCAACCUCGAGAAACGCCUGAAUGUACUAGCAUAGCGUUUGGAAUGUCCUUCUUCCCCCAGUUAUACCUUUUCCUAACUGUGAUGAUCGCAUUUAAUUUACAGAUAGUUUUUCUUCAUCGCAAAAAAGUGUCUUCAUUUUCAGAUCGAUGGUACAUCCCCGUAGCAUUUUUAAUGGCAAUUUUCAUAAACCUUCUUCCUUUGAUGUUUCACAAAUUUGGCUAUGAUCCCGACACAAGAGAUUGUAUUUACCGUCACAUGUAUAAAAGAGAAACAAAAUGGUGGAAAUUUGUCACUUUUCUCAUUCCUAUAUCAAUAUCAAUGAUAUAUUGUACCACGGUGUUGACAAUAGUUGUAUGUAAAUUGGUUUUUGAACACAGACAAUUGGCCGAAGCGAUCCAUUCUCAGAAUAGCGUGACGUUAUCAGCUAAACGAAGACAUAAACUUUUACUAUUAAAAUUAGUCGGCAGGAUUGCGCUUUACGCCGCGAUACCCCUUCUUACUGUUUGUGGAAUUGUAGUAGAAUAUGUUUGGAUCUCUAUACAUGCAAAUUCAGAAAACGAUGUACCAAUGCCAUUAACUUAUUGGGCUAUUGUUGGAUCUUGUUUGCCCGGUUUCUUUAAUUGCGUUGCAUUUCUUUUCGACCCUGCAAUUCACAAUGCUUUUCGAAGAGUUAAAAAAGACCUUAUUGAAAUUUACGGUUAUCCAAAGCAUACGAUAAUCAGUCCUCCGAUUUCACCAUCGAAUGCAGCUUUUCAAAAUUCAACAACACAACAACCGAGACCUUCACAUUUAUUACCAUCUUCACCGUCACAUUGUCCACCACAUUCACCAAAAGCAGCGCGAACGAAUUCUCGAGUUUGUCCAAGUAACGUCUUUCAAUCAAAUAAGAAAACCAAUCGAUUCAUACGAUGGUUUGUUCGAACAUUCCUGGACAAAAAGGUAAUACAACCACCUAUGGUUUUAUUAAAUUCAGCGAGUUACCUUUCUACAAGCCUUGGAUCGGAUCAAGGAAAUAGAUAUAGUUCGACAACGAUUAAUUCCGGUACAUUAACAGGUCAAAGCUUUGAUCAUGGUCAUGAUUAUCAUAGAAUCGAAUUAAGUAAUCCUACGGAUAAACGAAAGUCUUUCAUGAAGCGUACGUCACACGUGUUAAUUAUCCCUGAACAUGAAAGAUCCAAUUCAACGAAUCUUGAUUAUACGAAUUUAACAAACGUAACGGGAAACAGUGACCCUCCCACGUCUGCUUGUAAUACACCAAUUAGUUUUGAAGAUAGUUCUCGUCUACAUUUUGAAAAUCAUUCUAUUGGCUCAUACUCACAAUCUCCUAUCCUGGGAAAUACUACAAUUGAUAUUCAGUCUCAUAUCGAAGCAGAUACUUCUUCACCUUUAUCGGGCGUAUCGUUAUCCCGUAGGAGAUCCGAGUCGGAAUCCUCUACGGCCUCUCGAGAUUCGGUUGACAAUGACUUGGCGUCCUAUUGA